AUGAGAGUCAAUGUGGAUAAAGUGUUGGAAAGAGACCAGAAGCUCUCGGAGUUGGAUGACCGUGCAGAUGCGCUGCAGGCAGGAGCCUCCCAAUUUGAAACAAGUGCUGCCAAGUUGAAGAGAAAAUACUGGUGGAAGAAUUGCAAGAUGUGGGCGAUAGGAAUCACCGUUGUGGUCAUCAUCAUCAUUAUCAUCGUCGUGUGGAGUAUCUCUUCCUGA